AUGGAGCCUUCCCCUUUCCGGUUCCUUCUCUGCUCGCUUCUCCUCCUAGUCCUCCACACACCCACAUCCAAAUCCCAAAUCCUAAACUACUCCGUCUUCUACAACUGCCCCGCAAUCUUCACGGCGAACAACGCCUUCGAGUCAAACCUCAACCAUCUACUGUCCACCCUCCCUGCCGCGACCUCGCCGUCCGGCUUCUACAACACCACGGUCGGUCAAAACGGCAGCGGCGGCGAAGUCUACGGCCUCGCCUUAUGCCGCGGCGACGUCUCCUCCACCGAGUGCAACACUUGUUUGAGUUCAGCUGCACAAUACGCCGUCGCGGUGUGCCCAGGCGGCGUGUCGAACACCGUGUGGAACGACACCUGCAUGCUGCGCUACUCCAACAGCAGCUUCUUCGGUGUCAUCGACUGGACCCAGAAGUUUGCGAGGAACAUGCACUACGUCACGGACCUGGCCGCAGGGAUGUUCAACGACCGGCUAGAUCAGCUCAUGAGUUACUUGUCUUCCUCAGCGGCCUAUGGGUUGGCGCCGCCGCUGCUGUUCCAGGCGGCGAAGAUCGAAUCCUACAACUUCACAAACAUAUACGGACUGGUGCAGUGCACGAGGGAUCUGUCGCUGGUCAGCUGCUACGAGUGCUUGACGAACUGCAUCGGGAGCAUCCCGAAGUACUGCGCAAAUCAGACCGGCGGGUGGAUUUUCGUAAAUAACUGCAAAAUCCGGUUCGAGUCAACACCGUUUUAUAAUAUGUCGGCCGACGGGAACGUUACAGUGACGCCGACGCCAGUGCCACCAGUGCUGCCGCCCGCAGGGUCGGGUCAGAAUAAGGGAAGCAGAGGAAUUAAUGGAAGUAGGAAGAGAAUUAUUAUUGUUGCCACUUCGGUGGUUGCCGCUGCGUUGUUGCUCCUCUUUGUUAUCUAUCUCUGCCGAAGGAAACAAAGAAAACAAGCCAGAAAUGGUUUGAUCAAAAAUGGAGGCGACGAGCGGGAAAUUAUAAGCGUGGAAUCUCUGUUGCUCGAUUUGGCCACAAUAAAAGCUGCCACAAACAACUUCUCUGAAGAAAAUAAGUUAGGAGAAGGUGGAUUUGGACCAGUGUAUAAGGGGAUAUUACAAGAUGGGCAAGAAAUAGCAGUGAAGAGGCUCUCAAUGAGCUCAGCACAGGGGCUUGAUGAGCUGAAAAAUGAGGUGGUGAUUGUGGCGAAGCUUCAGCACAAGAAUCUGGUGAGGUUAAUUGGUUGCUGCAUAGAAGAGCAAGAAAGGCUUCUUGUUUAUGAGUACCUCCCCAACACAAGCCUUGAUAAGUUUCUCUUUGUUCCUGCGAGGCGCGAACAAUUAGAUUGGGGAACACGGUACAAGAUCAUCGAGGGGAUUAGUCGAGGCCUUCUCUAUCUCCAUGAAGAUUUGAGGCUAAAGAUCAUUCAUCGUGAUCUAAAAGCAAGUAACAUCUUGUUGGACGCUUUUAUGAUCCCUAAAAUCUCCGAUUUUGGUCUUGCAAAGCUCUUCGAUGUUGACGCGAGUGAAGGAAACACGAGUCGAAUUGCAGGAACAUAUGGAUACAUGGCUCCAGAGUAUGUAAUUUAUGGACACUUCUCAACAAAGUCAGAUGUUUUUGCUUUUGGAGUGUUGAUUUUGGAGAUUGUGACUGGACAAAGAAUUGAUCGCCCUCAAGAAUCUCUCUCUUCGGAAAGCCUUCUAUCAUAUGUGUGGAAGCACUGGACCAAAGGGACUGCACACAAGGUGCUCGACCCGAGCCUCAUGGGGCAGUGCCGGUUGGAGGACGUGCUGAGAUGCAUCCACAUUGCAUUGCUAUGCGUCCAAGAGGACCCGUCAGACCGGCCGAAAAUGGAGUCCGUUGUGCUCAUGCUCAACAGCCUCUCCAUCACCCUUCCUGCCCUAUCGACCCCCGCUUUCGUGAUCUCAACUGCAAAAAACACAGAGGAGAUCGAGACCACUGCAUCCGGCGGGCUGCAGCGGAAGGCAACCCGUGCAGUAUCGAUGAACACCGUAACCAUUUCGGAAUUCGAGCCACGGUAGUGUCUCAGAGCUGGGGAAUAUUGAUCUGAAUAUACUUAAUUCGAGUAGUAGAAGACUGUGAUCUUCUUCAUUGCCGAAUAACCAGCAAAGGUACUGCAAAUUUAGAUUUACAUAAGUUUGCUCAUUUUUGUGACUUUCCUUCUUUCAAAUGCUAUGGCAACAACAUUUUAUUCCGUUUCGCUCUUUUAACUAUUCAAGAUGUAAUGACAUGUCUCGUUGUAUUUUGGCCCUUCUCCCAGUUACUCGUUAUUUCAGAAAUUACUGUAUCAACUGUUGGAAUUAGGGGUCAGUUGAGACUUACAAACUGGAUAGCCAAUACAUUCAAG